AUGUCACACGCCUGGCUCGAUUCGCUGUCUGAGGACUGGGUAUCUCAACCAAGAUCCGACACUUCUCAAGGCCAACUGCCUAGCUUCUCAAGUCCACCAGCCCAUGCUCGUUCGAAAAGCGUGCGCGAGACUGCCAGCCGCAUACCACGAUUACAUACCGGCAAUGCGGGCACAAGGAGACCGCAGCCGCCACCACGCGACGGCAGUAUCAGUGCUCUGAGCGAGCGGAGUCCCAAUGACAUCAACAUCAAGGGGUCGCAAAGUGCUCUCUCGAAGCUGUCACAAGAGAUGAAGCUUUCCCAACGAGGUCGACAUUUGAGUAGAUCCGUGUCGGCUUCCACAGCUGGUUCCGUCGUCCACAACACUGUCCAACACAAAUCGCAAAGCGCCUCGCCUUCGAAAGGCAAGGAACAAGCCCCGGAAUGGAAAAGACGAUUGUUAUAUGGGGAGCUUGACUAUGGCGAUUCGAAAGAUCUGUUCAGCUCGGCGGGAACCGGUCUGGCGAACAUGUUUAAGCCACCUGUGGAACACACGUCUCCGGAGGAAGAGUCGAAUGAGGACGAGGCCUAUACAGUGAACGAGACGACUUUACCAUCGAGUCCACCCCCGUACUUGAGGUUCCGGCGAGACCAAUUACACGAUGACGAGACCCAGGACCUGUCCGUCAACGACUCGUCUAUACAACACGCCCCACCCCUUCCCAAGCAGAUGGCAUUUCGAAGGACCGAAGAUGACACCAAAGACAUGAGUGUUGGACCAGAGUCGACUUUGGAAGGAAGCCGUGAUGAGCAAGCCACGGGAACGAACGCAGCCAGCGAGACCUCCAUCACUUCGCUUAAUGUAAUGCAGCGUCUCGACGCGUCACGGAAGAUUAGUGGCCAAAGCGACGUGAGGAACGAGGACCUCAGCCCCAUAUUGAUAUCGCGUCACAAUACUGGAGAUGGUAAGAUCAGUUACGCACCAAUUGAUCUGCCUGCUCAACAACUGCGGAAACAACUCGAGAAACUGCGAAUGAGCCAGAUGAUAUUAGAGUCUGAGCUGAACAGCGACCCGGACCGCGAUACUGGUGCCGUGGGUGAUGGAACCCAGACUUUCGAAAACACGGAUGACUAUGCGAAGAAUGGAGGGUUUCUGAACCUCGAAAGGGUUGGACGGUCUGGUGAAGGGUCUUUUCGACGCCGUCCUCUGAGUCCCUCAGUCAAUACGGACACGUCCGAAAUGCUACCGGAGUCGUCGCUCCAGGCCAGUACCCCAAAGCAGUUCCCAACCAUCAGGACAGAUCGUUAUGCGUCGGCUGAGAGGAUAGACGAGCCGACAUCUCCCGUCAGCCCUGUUGUACCUCGGGCUCCCCAUCCCAGCCCAGAGAAGCGGCUACAACCACCCCCUGGCCACAGUGGGAGUCCGUUGAAGCUCUUUGGGCCCUACGACACAUUCACAAAUCAGACCCUGCUACGACGUAUAAGUCAAUUCGAGGAUCAGAUAAGCAACAGUCCUCCGCGCUCGACAGAAGGCGCCGCCGUUGCUUCGCCAAUGCCAGACUCGCUGCCGAAACCUGACACCAACGAAGGCUUUGUGGGUAUGUCCAGCUCGGGAAAGAUGCAGCACCAUAUCAGUCAUGCUCACCACGAGACAUUCGGCGCGAUCAACAGAUUUGGCGCUGGAGAGCUUGAUGGUUACGAAUUUGAUGAGGACAUCUCGUUGAGCUCCAACGAGCCCUCGCGUUUCGAGGACAAGGAAAACAUGACACCCGCAGAGACUCGAGUGCCAUCGAACCAUCCUUUGAAAUUUGAGAUUCACAACGACCACUCUUCAGAUGGAGAGUCGCUUGUCGUCCAACGGCAACGCCACCGCUCGAGCAGUUCCCUAUCAUCUAAGCACCGCUUAGGCGCAACCAAGUCCGUCGACGGCUCACAGCCACGUACCGCUUCUGACACGAAGAGGGAGACUGGUGACUUCCAAACAACUCCGCAAAGGGAGGGCUCGGAAGGCAAGAGGCCGCGGACUUCGCCGACCAAAGACCCCACGCCGAAAAGGAGGAGGACCUUACACAGGUCCGACAUUGCAUACGGGCUCGAAGACCGACCGGCAGCCAUAGAACCCGUGCAAUCAUCCCAUUACAGCAUGCAAUCUGCCAUAGGAAGGAAGCGCAAAGACGUACGCUAUGGUGAAAUGCAACAGGUUGCUGAGCCGAGUAUCCUGGCAAUGCGUCAAAUCCUGCGGCCUCGCUCGCCAACGCCAAGCCAGAAAAUGUCGGCGAUGCGCGAGCGACAACCUCUUGGAGAUAUCGGAUUGAAUCUGGAUGACGGUCACAGUGAGAUAUCAACUCAGGAUCAAACCUCACCCGGAUUUGCUCAAGAUUUCGCUGUUGAUGGGUCUCGGAAAACAUCCAUGAAAACCCAAGACUUUUACGACGCAGCCGAGGAGAUCAUGGCGAUGAUACGGAACAAAGCCCGGCCCAGGACUGAUCUCGCCAGUGUGGAGGAGUCUGAAGUUGAGAGUUCCGAACAUCGAAGCUAUGACACGUCAGGCGCCAUCGAAGAUUCGUUCCAAGAGUCCACAAGGGAGCCUUUCUCACGUCCGCCAAGCCGAGAAGGGCGCCCAGUCUCCAGGAUGCCAGUGCGUCAAGAGGAUCCGGAGCUUGCAGAUCGGCUUAGGAAGUACGAAGAACAAAGCGACGUCCUGGGUGGAAUCAUUUCCCACUCAAUCCAAUCUAUGGGACGAAUCCAGGAUGCCAUUCACGGAACCAACAGUUUCAAUGAGUCCAUAGAACGCAGUGUUCGAGCUGAUGAGAUGCGGCGGAGCUCACAUGAUGACGAAGAGGUUAUCAGCGACCUGUCCAACGUCAGGAUCUCGCGGAAUCCAGACCGCAGUACCGCUGGCGAGAAUGUGGUCGAGUUCCCUUCAAACGGGUCACGGUCCUCUGGAGCAUCUACUGGUCGCUCGGUCCCCACGGGCUCCUCUCGGGGCUCGGACUCAAGACGGCUUAUCGCUCCCGACGUGGUCAAUGCACUCAUUGGCGACCAUGUUGGCAACAUGGUGUUUGACAAAGAGAACAAGAGAUGGCAAAAGGUGAAGACGCCGAGGCCAUCACGAGUGAUGAACGUUCUCCCUUCCGAAGAUAGUGAGGAGGAUCCGUUUGCUAGCAUCCCAGAUCUCUCUGUUGAUGCUGUCAAAGAGAACCGGAAUCUUGGAUUAGUCACUGGACAGAACCUCGAUGACCUCCAGCAGUUCCUACAAGACGAUGCGCCCCCCGGAGACUCCUCAGAGAUGGCGCCCACUGUCGGUGGAGAAGCUACCGAUGCUAGAAGUAUCAUGAGCCACACGAGGGAUACAUUUACGAGGGUCAAGCGAACGCUCGUUGAGACUGCCGUGGAGGACGACGAGGAAAUCGAACAUGAGAUUACCAUACACGAAGAUCGGAUGCAGAACUCUAGUCCUUCGCGACGGAGAAAUCUCACGAUUACGUUUUCAUCGCCAAUUGCCUCGAUCAUCCAAGAUGUCGCCCACCGGUCGGAUGAAGACAACACAGAUAGAGAUCUCAACUCCAUGGACCAAGCAGUUGGUACCAUGGCUGCCGACUCUAUUAGGAGAGGCCGGCAUAACUGGUCUAAUAUAUUUGCAAAGAGCGGAGCAACGAGGUCGAAAUCCCGAAGUCGAUCGCGCGGCGUGUCCCGGAAUCUGUCGGUCAGAGGGAAUAGGUUCGUGCCGAGGCCAGUAUCGCGAAUUGACGAACGGGAUGAAGAUGCGUCUGCUCAGCAGGCCACGUCAGAGCAACAGCGUCAGCUCAGCAUAUGUGGAGAGAGCAGCCUGGUCGGACCGGAGCCAGAGGACAGGCGAAACAAGAGCUUGAACUUUGUUGUGACCACGCCGGCUCCACCAAGAACUGCACCAAACUCCGGAACCCCUGUCAUUGGGAAGUACGUCGGUACUCUGUCCUUGAGCCCUCUGUCCGAAUUCACGAUGCACCAGGCAGACGAGUCAUGCGGUCUGGAGGUCAGUUACGUUGUCGGCAACGAGUACCUCAUGACGGGCGAUGGGUCGAAGAAGGUCAUGUCGAAAGCUAUCCGAAGCCUGGUCGAGAAGAUCACAGAAGUCGAGCCGUUUGAGCCCGACUGGGAAUCAAUGCGUGAAUUGGAUAUCAGCAAUAAACAGCUGGAGACGCUGCACAUGCUCGACGAGUUCUGUACCAGCGUUGUCACCCUCGAUGCCUCCAACAAUGCCAUUGGUCAUGUGGAUGGGGUCCCUGGUAGUGUCCGCAACCUGCGAUUGGCACACAACCAGCUGUCCGAGCUGACGGCAUGGGGACAUCUUAUGAAUCUCCAGUACGUCGAUGUAUCCAAUAACCAGAUCAACAGCUUGUACGCUUUCAAGGACCUGGUUCAUCUCCGCACCCUCCGAGCCGACAACAAUCAGAUCACCAGUCUGGACGGAAUCAAGUUCCACGACAGCUUGCAGGUGCUUCGGGCAAGGGGCAACCUCAUCGAGGAGAUCGAUCUCGAUGGUACCAAGAUGCAACGCCUAACCGAGCUGGACUUGGAGAGCAACCAGAUUGAUUCAAUUCAUAAUAUUGAGCAGCUUUCCUGUCUCAUCACGCUCAAUCUCCAGCACAACCGUGUGGCGUCCUUCGCUCCUUCAACGGACUACGCCAUGCCACAUCUCAAAUACCUCAAGCUCUCCGAUAACGAGUUGAGCAGCCUCGACCUUAGUGCGACUCCCUCAUUGCAUCUUCUCCAUGCAGAUCGCAACCGACUUACUACUGUCACCGGGUUUUCCAGGUGCCGCCGUCUCGACAGCCUGUCACUACGCGAGCAAAACGGUAAUGCGACCUUGGACACAUGUUUCCUCAACUCUGCAUAUGAGGUGAGAAAGCUGUUCUUGUCCGGGAAUCUGCUCUCCGACUUCAAUCCACAGAUGGAUUUCCUCAAUUUACAAUACCUCGAACUGGCGAACUGUGGCCUACAAUCUCUGCCGCCCCAUCUCGGACAGCUGAUGCCGAAUCUAAGGGUCGUGAACCUCAACUUCAACGCCAUCGAGAAUCUGUCAGGCUUGCGCUAUAUCCCGAGACUGAAGAAGCUCUUGGUGGCCGGCAACAGGCUGGCCGAUGCCGGGGAGGUGGCCAACGUCCUGGCCGAGUUCCCGCACCUGUCGAGGCUUGACUUCAGGGACAACCCUGUAACACUUGGUUUCUACCCUCCUGUGCAGACUCUCGUACCUGUGGAGCGAAGCGGGAAUGAGGGCGAGUUUGAUCCAUUCAUGCUGCCAGACGUGGAUGUCGACCGCGACGAGAAGUACAUCAGCCGACUGGAUAUGGGUACGAGGAUGCGAAAACGACUUUAUGAGAUGGUCGUGGUGGAACGCUGCUACCAGCUCAAGCUGUUGGAUGGCCUACCCGUCGCCAGAGACAGCAUACAGAUGAAGGACAGAGUGUGGGAAGCACUUGUCACGAGUGGCGUCAUCGACGAUGGAUGUUGCGCCGAAGAAACGGAUGCCGGUACAGACGCGGCCGAUGGCGAGACCUUGCUGUAG